GCGAGCAGGGAGCAGACGUGGGGGGAGAGAGAGAGAGAGAGAAGGCGAUCUCUUUCUCUGUCUUCUCACUCUCUCACUCUAAAAAUCUCAACUUUAUAAGGAAUUGUACUUGUGGGCAGGAAGCAAAAAUGGCUCCCUCAGCACACAAUUCUUCACACUCUCAGUUCAUCACAAGCCACACCAAUCACAGUAGUUCUGCCGGUCCUACUGCGCCUUUAAUUGACAGUGUCGACGUCGAUCAAAUUGUUGUCCCUGAGAAAACAAGUUGGAAAAACUUCUUUUCAUAUUUGGGCCCUGGUUUUCUUGUAUCUAUAGCAUAUAUUGAUCCUGGGAAUUUUGAGACGGAUCUACAAUCUGGUGCACAAUACAAGUAUGAGCUACUUUGGAUCAUACUAGUGGCCUCUUGUGCUGCUCUUGUGAUCCAAUCUCUUGCAGCUAGAUUGGGAGUUGUCACAGGAAAACAUUUGGCUGAGCAUUGCAGAGCUGAAUAUCCUAAGGUGACAAACUUCAUUCUCUGGUUGCUUGCAGAGCUCGCAGUUGUUGCAUGUGAUAUUCCCGAAGUAAUCGGGACAGCCUUUGCUUUGAACAUGCUGUUUAAAAUCCCGAUAUGGUGCGGUGUUCUUAUCACGGGUCUUAGCACUUUAGUGCUGUUAUUACUACAACAAUAUGGGGUUCGAAAACUUGAGUUUCUCAUAGCUUUCUUGGUUGCUGUAAUGGCUGUUUGUUUUCUUGUUGAGCUUGGUUACUCCAAGCCCAAAACCUCAGAAGUUCUGAAGGGACUAUUUGUUCCUCAACUUAAAGGAGAUGGUGCCACUGGCAUUGCUAUUUCAUUGCUUGGAGCCAUGGUUAUGCCGCAUAAUCUCUUUCUUCAUUCUGCUUUGGUGCUAUCUAGGAAAGUACCACGUUCAGUUGAUGGGAUUAAAGAGGCGUGUAGGUUCUACAAUUAUGAGAGUGCUUUUGCUCUUGCUAUUGCCUUUUUAAUCAAUGUAUCUGUUAUUUCCGUCAGCGGUGCUGUCUGCAGCUCAACAAAUCUUGACCCAGAAGAUCAGAUGAACUGCCAGGACCUUGAUCUUAACAAAGCAUCAUUUCUUCUCAAGAAUGUCCUGGGAAAUUGGAGUUCUAAACUAUUUGCGGUUGCUUUACUAGCAUCUGGCCAAAGUUCUACAAUUACAGGAACCUAUGCCGGACAAUAUGUCAUGCAGGGUUUUCUUGACCUACGUAUUACACCAUGGAUACGGAAUAUGUUAACACGGUCCUUGGCAAUUGUGCCCAGUUUAAUUGUAGCACUAAUUGGUGGAUCUACUGGGGCUGGAAAGCUCAUCAUCAUUGCAUCGAUGAUCUUAUCCUUUGAGCUUCCAUUUGCUCUUAUUCCCCUCCUGAAGUUCACUAGCAGCAAGACAAAAAUGGGGGCAUAUGUCAAUCAUAUUACAAUCUCAGCAUUCACGUGGAUCAUAAGCUCUCUGAUCAUGGCCAUCAACACAUAUUAUAUAGUCUCCGGCUUUAUCAAGUUGCUUCUCCACAGCAGAAUAACAACAGUAUCAAAGGCGUUUGCAGGAAUAUUUGGCUUCUCAGGCAUUGCCGUUUACUUAGCUGCGAUACUUUACUUGGUCAUUCGAAAGAACAGAAAAGUCACUCGACCUUCGCUUCCUAACGACGCAGAGCUUGGAGAAAGAUGUAACAAUCCUAACACUGAAGCUAGCAGCACGCUCUACAACUUACCGAGGGAGGAUAUUGUAAGCAUGCAACUGCCGCAGAGAAGAUCGACGUUAGAUCUCGACUGAGUUACUUUUUUUAGUUUAGACGCUGGGAACGUUUUGAGCUUUUCAGACACAAAAUUGAGUGCAUUAUUAGCGGGAACGAGGACGCUAGGUUGUUGAUUUUUGUUCAUCACUUUCUUUCUGGAGCGAGAGGCCCAAUUCUGUUGUAUAGCUUGGUGUUAUUAUGUUGCGAUCUUAAAAUGUUAUUUGCGGAAGCAAGUGAGGUAUCUUCCUCCCGCAGAAAAAUAAAGUGCAAGCUAUUUAUUAAAAUU